GAAUUCUCAGACUUGAUGAAAGCUUUUGGUAAUAAAUUAGCAGUUGCAAAGAUUGAAGAGUUUUUCCGUCAAGCAGAUACAAAUAGUGAUGGCAUAGUUGACAUAGAUGAACUGGCAGCCCUACUGGCUGCUCAACAAGAAGAAGAACCACUUAUAAGUAACUGCCCUGUCUGUGGUGAAGAUCUUGGAAAAUAUGAUAACAUAAAUGAUAUGAUACAUAUGACACUUUGCUUGGAUGAGGGAACUGGUAAUCAGAUUAUGACUGGUGGAUUUCUAACUGACAAACAGGCAUCUUAUGGGUGGAUGUUCAAGCUCAGUGAAUGGGCACAUUUCUCCACGUAUGAUGUUGGUUUGCACUCUGGCUCUACAGCUUCACAUAUUCUGGUUUUCGACCGGCGAACAAAGAGGAUAGUCGAAGAAGUUAUUGACAGAAAAAUUGUAUUGUCCAUGAGGGCUUUAUACCAAUCAAAAGUAGGACUCGCUCUUAUAAAUACAGGUAUGUUCGAUCAAAUAAUAUUAGCUUGUCUUAUGUUUCCAUUUUAAUUUAGAUAAUCAUAU